AUGUCGAGCUCAUCAUCGUCAUCAAAGUCGCCCUCGGAAAAGGGCGACGAUGUCAAGGGCUUUUCGUCGUCCUCACCAGUAUCCUCGGGCUCGUCGUCAGCGACAACGCCCGAGCCCUCGAGUCCCACUGUUUCGGCCUCGAAGCAUGCCUCCGUAGACCCCUUCCAGCCAUACCGGGACUACGACGAAAAGAUCCUUCCCGCCAUCCCGGCUUCCGAGUCGGUACAACCGCUGGCGAGCGACGCCAAUACUCCCGACAACUGGAUCGCUCGCGACGGGCGCAUGAUCCGUCUGACGGGCAAGCAUCCGUGCAAUGUCGAAGCGCCUCUGUCUGAGCUCUUCUCCAAGGGAUUUCUGACGCCGCAGAACCUCUUCUACGUGCGCUCGCACGGCGACACGCCGCGAGUGACACGCGAACAGGCAGACAGCUGGACGCUCAAGAUCCAUGGUCUGGUCGAGCGCGAGGUCGAACUCAGCAUCAAGGAGCUCAAGGACAAGUUCCCAACCGUCACAUUGCCCAUCACGCUCGUGUGUGCUGGAAACAGGCGUAAGGAGCAGAAUAUGGUCGCCAAGGGUCUCGGCUUCAACUGGGGCGCGGCUGGUGUCUCGACGGGUCUGUUCACGGGUGUUUACCUUGCCGACAUUCUGGACUACUGCAAGCCCAAGAACCCGCUGCUCUCUUCGUUUCCCUCGUACGACGUGGCUGUGCCUGGUCGUGCCCGCCAUGUCGUGUUUGAGGGCGCCGAUGAGCUGCCCAAGGGAAAGUACGGAACUUCGCAGCGUCUCAACUGGGCGCUUGAUCGAUCCAAGGGCAUGCUUAUCGCUUGGGGCCUCAACGGGGAAGACCUCUCUCCCGACCACGGCUUUCCCCUGCGUCUCGUCGUGCCCGGUCAGAUUGGCGGCAGGAUGGUCAAGUGGCUCGAACGCAUCGAGGUCUCGGACCGCGAGAGCCAGCACCACCUGCAUUUCCACGACAACAAGGUGCUCCCCACCGAGGUCACCGCCGACCAGGCCAGGAGCGAGAUGCACUGGUGGUACGACCCCAAAUACAUCAUCAAUGACCUCAACGUCAACGCGGCCAUCUGCUCGCCCGAUCACGAUCAGGUGCUCGACGUCGCAGAGCCCGGCGCCCAAUCGCCUACCCCGCAAAUGCUACCCAUUGAGGGCUACGCAUAUACAGGCGGGGGCCGACGCAUCAAUCGCGUCGAGGUCUCGCUCGACGACGGCCACACCUGGAAGUGUGCUUCGAUUCACUACCCCGAAGACUUGUAUCGGAUGUACCCAAUCCAGGGCCACCCGUACUUUGGCACGUUGGACCUUAGCUCCACCGAGAUGAGCUUCACCUGGUGCUUCUGGCGUCUGGACGUCGAUGUGCAGGCCGACCUCAUCGCCAAGGAUGUCAAGGUGAUAUCGGUCCGCGCUUUGGACGAAGGGUUGGCGACCAUGCCGCGAGACAUGUACUGGAACGCCACGUCCAUGAUGAACUCGUGGUGGUUCCGUGUCGCCGUGCACCGCGAGGGCGAAGGUGGCAGCAGGAUCCGCUUCGAACACCCGACGCUGGCUGGCAAUGCUGCCGGCGGCUGGAUGCAGCGGAUGAACGAGGCGGGCCUCAAUCCUCGCUACCCUCAAUUUGGCGAUGCGAACAAAGCGAUCGCUACCAGCUCGACGCAAGCCGCGGAUGCGCAGGCGAAGAGUGGGGAUGCGAAAGAGGACGUCAAGGCGAUUAUGAUCGAUGCUGCUAAAGCUGAUCGUGUUAUUGCCGCUUCUGACCUGGCUGCACAUGCGGACGGCGAAGGUCCAGAACCCUGGUUCGUCGUGCAUGGCCACGUCUACGACGGAACCGGCUUCCUCAAAGACCACCCAGGUGGAGACCAGUCCAUCCGCCUCGUCGCCGGAGAAGAUGCCACAGAAGACUUCAUGGCCAUCCACUCGAUGGAUGCCAAAAAGAUGCUACGUGACUACCACCUUGGCCGGCUCGAGACGCAAGCAGCCGCCCCUCCCACAGCAAGCACCGAAGCCGAAGUGCUCGACCUCAGCAAACCCUUCUUGGAUCCCAAGAAGUGGCGAGCGACGCGGCUGGUGAGCAAGAAGAUCAUCUCUCCCGAUGUGAGGAUCUUCCGCUUCGCACUUGGUGGUGAUGACCAGGAGCUGGGUCUGCCCGUGGGUCAGCACGUGUUCGUGCGUAUCCGUCAAAAGAAUCCGAAGACGGGCGAGAUCGAGACGGUGCAGCGAGCCUAUACGCCGUACAGUGGCAACACGCAGCGCGGCUCACUGGAUAUUCUGAUCAAGGUCUACUUCCCCAUCGAGGCAGUGGCAGGUCAAACGUCACCCGCGUUCGCAGGAGGCAAGAUGACGACGCUGCUCGACAGCGUCGUCCCAUCCCAGCCAACCAGCGACGACCUCACAAUCGAACUCAAGGGGCCUCUUGGACACUUCACCUACCUGGGGCAGAAGCAGAUCCAGUGGAAGCCGAUGCAUGCCGUCCGACGCGUUCGCAAGCUGGCCAUGAUCGCCGGUGGGAGCGGUAUCACGCCCAUAUGGUCGACGCUCAAAGCGAUCGCUGACGAAGCGCUGUCCACGGACCCAUCGUCUUCACCCCCUGCAGAUCCGAUUCAGAUCUGGAUUGUGUACGGCAACAGGACCGAACAGGACAUCCUGAUCCGCGAAGAGCUCGAGCGGCUGCGUGUGGCGCUCAAGGGCAACCUGCACAUCUGGCACGUUCUGAGCAACUUGGAAUCCGCCGCCUCCGCGGGCUGGUCCAUGGGCCGCGGCCACAUCACCGCCGAUUGCCUCAAGGAACACCUACCGCCACCUCCGCCUGUUCCAGCAUCGCCCGAGGAUCUCGAAGAUACUCUGGCCCUCGUCUGUGGCCCACCGCCCAUGGAGAAGGCUGUCCGGGCCAACCUCGAGCUGCUCGGCUGGGAUCUCGAACGGACCGUUGUGUUUUUCUGA